GACCAAAUUUGAAUUCAGGUCCUUCUGACUCCAGGGCCAGUGCUCUAUCCACAGCACCACCUAGCUGCCCCAAGAAUUGUAACUUGAGUUGUGACAUUCCAGCAGCAAUCAUGGUGAAUUUGAUUCAGGCCGUGCGUGACCACUGGGUUCAUAUUCUGGUACCAAUGGGAUUUUUCAUUGGUUAUUAUCUAGACAAGAAGAGUGAUGAAAAACUAACUACUUUCCGGAAUAAGAGCAUGUUAUUUAAAAGGUCAAGUAUUCCUAAGUCAAGAAGCUGUCUAUACUUUGUGUUGAGCUGGUUGCUGUACCUCAAGAAAUACAUAGUGGAGCUGGAGAAGGUCCAGAGAAGCACACCCAAAAAGAUCAAGGGAACUGAAACCUGAUGAAGAAGUUACCUGGAAAUGAAGGCUUUGGCUGACUUGAGAAAUUUUCAGGUUAAAUAAAAUUUUAUGAAAG